AGAAGAUAUACAUCUUCUUCCAUCAGUGACAGCAAACAUAUACAUAUAUAUACAUAUAGUUUUGAGAUAGAAUAGGAAAGGGUUAAAACACAAAACAUAUAUAUUAUAAGAAGAAGAAGAAAAAGAAAAAGAAAGGGGUUGGGGGAGAUGGAUGGGGUGAUGCAUGUGUUAUUUUUAUGCUUCCUUUCCGGGGCAAUGAUAGGGGUAAAUAGCGAAGACCCUUACCUGUUUUUCACAUGGAAAAUCACAUAUGGCACCCUCUCCCCUUUGGGAAUUCCCCAACAGGUCAUUCUCAUCAAUGAUCAAUUUCCUGGACCUCUCAUCAACUCUACAACCAACAACAAUAUUGUCGUUAAUGUCUUCAAUAACCUUGACGAACCAUUCCUUUUGACAUGGAGUGGUAUUCAACAAAGGAAGAACUCAUGGCAAGAAGGUGUGCUUGGCACCAAUUGUCCUAUUCAACCUGGGACAAACUACACCUAUCACUUUCAAGUUAAGGACCAGAUCGGGAGCUUCAUGUACUAUCCAAGCACCGCCCUUCACAGGGCCGCCGGUGCUUUUGGUGGCCUCAACAUAAAUAGCCGUUUGCUAAUUCCCGUCCCUUAUCCCGAUCCUGAGGAUGAUUACACCGUCAUUAUUAACGAUUGGUACACCAAAAGUCACAAAGCUCUGAGGUCAUUCUUGGACAGUGGACGAUCACUUGGUAGACCAGAUGCUGUUCUCAUCAAUGGCAAAACCGCAAAAGGAGAUGGCAAGGACGAACCUCUCUUCACCAUGAAGCCUGGAAAAACCUACAAGUACAGAAUUUGCAAUGCUGGGCUCAAAACAUCCAUUAACUUCAGAAUCCAAGGCCAUACGAUGAAGCUUGUAGAGAUGGAGGGCUCUCAUGUGAUUCAAAAUGUGUACGAGUCACUUGAUGUUCAUGUUGGGCAGUGCCUUACCGUUCUUGUGACAGCCGAUCAAGCACCCAGGGAUUACUAUAUUGUGGCUUCCACUCGAUUCAUUAAGACUAUUCUUACUGGUAAAGGCAUCAUUAGAUACACUAACGCAAAUGGUAGAAAAGCAUCACCUCAAUUACCAGAGGCACCUGUAGGAUGGGCUUGGUCAUUGAACCAGUUCCGUUCUUUCCGCUGGAAUCUGACAGCAAGCGCUGCUAGACCAAACCCUCAAGGCUCUUAUCAUUAUGGAUCAAUCAAUAUUACUCGUACUAUCAAACUCGUUAACUCGGUCAGUAGGGCAGGCGGAAAGCUUCGUUAUGCUAUCAAUGGCGUUUCUCACGCUGAUCCAGAAACCCCAUUAAAACUUGCCGAGUAUUUUGGGGUUGCAGACAAGGUAUUUAAGUAUGAUACAAUUCAAGACGAUCCGCCUGCUAAAAUUAGGAAGGUCAUCACACAGCCUAAUGUUGUAAAUAUGACCCACCGAAAUUUUGUGGAGAUAAUCUUUGAGAACCAUGAGAAGAGCAUUGAAUCAUGGCAUUUGGAUGGAUAUUCCUUCUUUGCAGUGGCAGUAGAGGCCGGCACAUGGAGUCCUGAGAAGAGGAAGAACUACAAUCUUCUUGACGCAGUGAGCAGGACGACAGUCCAAGUAUUCCCAAAAUCUUGGGCAGCAAUUCUGUUGACAUUCGACAAUUGUGGGAUGUGGAACCUAAGAUCUGAGAUGUGGGAGAGGACAUACUUGGGACAACAGCUUUAUGCCAGCGUUCUUUCUCCUGCAAGAUCUCUUAGAGAUGAGUACAAUGUACCUGACAAUGCUAUGCUAUGUGGACUUGUUAAAGGCUUGCCCAAGCCCCCACCUUACACUAUUUAAACUCCACUAUGCAUUUUCUUUUUCUUUUUUUUUUUCUUUUUCAAAUUUUAUGUGAUAACCCUUUCCAAAAUAUAAUAAAAAUAAAAAAUUAUUCCAUUUAUUC